AUGGCCGCGUCGGAGGACGGGAGCGGCUGCCUCGUGUCGCGGGGCCGCUCGCAGAGUGACCCCAGCGUCCUCACCGACUCCUCGGCCACCACCUCCGCGGACGCAGGGGACAACCCAGAUGAGAUGGACCAAACUCCCCCAGUGCGUUCCGAGUAUCUGGUCUCAGGGAUUCGCACUCCCCCCGUGAGGAGGAACAGCAAGCUGGCCACCCUGGGCAGGAUCUUCAAGCCCUGGAAAUGGAGGAAAAAGAAAAAUGAAAAGCUGAAGCAAACGACGUCAGCGCUGGAGAAGAAGAUGGCUGGCAGGCAAGGCCGGGAGGAGCUCAUCAAGAAGGAACUGCUGGAGAUGAUGGAGCAGGAUACUGAAAGCAAAUCCUGCAACCCCGAAGGAGGCCCUCGAUCCACACAGAGCGAACCGUCCACCCCCAGGCAGGAGAUGCUGACUUCUGAAGAUGCCCAGCCAGGAAGCCCCUUGGCCACCACACCAGACCAGGCUUCCCUGGAGGAGCUGCCGCCUGCGGACACCCCUUUGGAUGAUGCAGCCAAGAUGCUGUCAACAUCCAGUGGGGAAGAAGCAGAUGCCGGCAGCCUCCUGCCCACCUCCAACGAGCUCGCUCAAGCCUUAGCUGGGGCCGAUGCCCUGGACAGUCCUCCCAGACCUCCGGAGAGAUCCGCAGGCCAGCUGCCCAGCCCCCCACUGCUGCCCGCUCCGCCACCCAAGGCAAGCUCCAAAGUCACAAAAAAUGUCACAGGCCAAGCUGCGCUCUUCCAAGGCUCCAGUGUGAGGAGUCCUGACCCUCCCCUCCGUGGACAGCUUUCCACACCCACGGGGUCUCCACAUCUCACCACCGUCCACCGGCCGCUGCCCCCCAGCCGUGUCAUUGAGGAGCUGCACCGGGCGCUGGCCACGAAGCACCGUCAGGACAGUUUCCAAGGAAGGGAAAAUAGAGGGUCCCCGAAGAAACGGGCGGACGUCCGUCUGUCAAGAACAUCCAGCGUGGAGCGGGGCAGGGAGCGGGAGGAGGCGUGGGGCUGCGACAUGGCCCCGGAGAGCAAGCGGGCUGCAGCCAGCGAGUCCGAGGAGAACAAGGAAAACCUGCUCGUGAGUCCCGAGCUCAAAGACGACUUGCUCUUGUAUCAGGAUGAAGAGGCACUGAACGACUCCAUAAUCUCUGGAACAUUGCCCAGGAAAUGCAAGAAGGAGCUCCUGGCUGUGAAGCUGAGGAACCGGCCGAGCAAACAGGAAUUGGAGGACCGGAAUAUUUUCCCCAGGAGGACUGAUGAGGAGAGACAGGAAAUCCGGCAGCAGAUUGAAAUGAAGCUCUCCAAACGGCUGAGCCAAAGACCUGCUGUGGAGGAGCUGGAGAGAAGAAAUAUCUUGAAACAAAGGAAUGAUCAGACAGAGCAGGAAGAAAGAAGAGAAAUCAAGCAAAGAUUGACAAGAAAGCUUAAUCAGAGACCCACCGUUGAUGAAUUAAGAGACAGAAAAAUCCUGAUACGAUUCAGUGACUAUGUAGAAGUAGCAAAAGCGCAAGACUAUGACAGGAGAGCAGACAAACCCUGGACAAGACUGUCAGCAGCAGAUAAGGCAGCAAUUCGUAAAGAAUUAAAUGAAUACAAAAGUAAUGAAAUGGAGGUACAUGCAUCAAGCAAGCAUUUGACAAGGUCAGAUUUCCGUUGGUAUGAAUUUUAUGAUACUUAA